AUGAAUACUAUUAUUGUACCAAUCUUAUCCUUAUCAAAAAUCUUUCAGAUCUCAAUCUGCUGUGCCCAAAUCCGUCCAACCGACGAGAUCGCCCGUAACUACCUGCUUCAAGGAAUGCAGUUCGCUCUGAAGCACUGUAACGAGAUUGGAGCGAAAACCGAGUUCGUCAUCGAGCCAUGUGAGGGAUAUGUGGAUAUGACCAUUGAGAAGGGGAAUGUCGAGUACUCCUUCGCCUUCUUCUACUACAACCCAACAAUCUGUGAUCCAACUCCAGAAGACGUCGAGAUGCCGAUGGUGGUGACCAGUGUCGAUGAGCCAAUGGAAUAG